AGUUGCAACCAAGGCGAAUUUAUACAAGGUGGUGUUUGGGUUUUCGCGGCGGACCUUCUGAAUGUCAAAGUGCUUCGUUUGUUGUAUAAAUUAGCGUUGUUUGCAACGGUGGGUAUGGAGUCACUCCAUUGGAGUGUGGUCAGUUAAUAUUUGCAAGCUAGAAUUCAACAAGAAAUACAGAAAAAUGGACAUCGAAAAUGAAUAUGAUAAAUAUCGUGCGGAACUAAUACGACUAGUUCGCGACAAUAGUAUACUGUGGGAUAAGAAACAUCAUUUAUAUUACAAGAAAGCGUCAAAAAAAGCAGUCUGGAAGCGUUUGGCUCAAAGAGUCGGGAAAUCAAUUAAACAAGUUCGUGAGCAUUGGAUUAGCUUGCGAAUCCAAUAUCGUGAGAAUUUGAGGCGUGAAGUAGUGCAAGGCGCAAAGCCGCGAUGGAAACUUUACCCCCAAAUGUCGUUUCUACGAGAUUGUACAAUUAUUAGAAACAAGAACAAAGCUUCUUCGGAUUCAGAAUCGGACAUGGAAAUAACACAGAAACACACAGUAGCUAAUAGCGACAAGGAAUUUCAAAAUUCCGACGUAGACGACGUCCAAUUAUGUGAAGUAGCUGAGCAAAAAGAAGCUGAUUCCUGCAUUAUUGAAGAAUGGAUUAAAACCGAAAUAGCUUUAGAUGAAGAGAUGAAGGCAAAAAAUGUUGCAUUUGAUAAUGAUACAAGGACAACAGAUCAAGCGCCUGAAGAAUCAAAUAUAAAAACUACAACAAGGCAACAAAUUAUGGUUCAUAUUCCACAUACCAGUAGCACUCCUGUAAGAACCUCAUUAAUAAAACGGCGCCGUGUGGAAAAUGAAGAAUGCAAUGAAACUGAAAAAAAUAAUGCGGUAUCGCAGAUUUCUAUACGUAAUGCAAGCGAAUUACUUGCCGUACAUACAACAGAAGGAGUCGAGUGUGACACAAAUAUAGGCAAUGGAGCAUCAAAAACUAGAAAGAAUAGAUGGGCCAAGGAAAUAUAUAUUCACGAAUCGCCAGAAGAUGAUUUAACAAACUUGCACGAAAUCAGUGAGGACACCACCACAGACGAUUGCGGAUUGCAAAAAUGCUACAUUGCAGCACAAACACACACGUGUGUGAAUAAACAGGUUAGAGAGAGAAAAGAGUGCCAAAUAGAUAGCGUAGAUACUUCUACUAAAUACUUAAAGAAAAAGAAGAAUAAGAAAAUAAAAGCUAAGCGAGACAUGGAACAAAAAGAUGAUGACUACCAUUUUGUCAUCAGUCUUUUGCCGUACUUGCGGCGUGGGAAUUUGGAGCGAAAAUUGCAAACGCGUAUGGAUUUGAUGAAGGUCGUUAUGGAGGGGCUAGAAUGUAAUGACGAGUAGAUAAUAAAAUACAAGACAAAUAUUUAUACCUCGAAAAGUAAAAAAAAAAAA